AUGAGCACAAGAGAUUGGGAGUUGAGCGCUGCUGAGCUACCAACACAGGACGCGAUCAUCCCCGCUGGUUCAGCAGAUGGAUCACAAGUGCUGCCAAGAAAACUGACAAGUGUACAACCUUCGGCCGCUUCGGAUCUCAAGUUCGUAUACCUAUCUCAUCCAGAUGACGUACGCCGAAAAAAAGAGGUUCAAACGGAGAUUCGCCGUCACGUUAUGAAGGAUAUCGGUCAACGACGGAGGCGCCCACGGCACAAGGAGACCUUUCCACAACCCACCCAAGCAUCUUCUGUGGAGUUGGAUAAUUACGAAAUCUUUCAGCACUGUGACGCAAAUACAAACACUUUUUCACCCAGCCGAGGCCUAGCUACGCUCGGCAACUUCCCUGUCAAGGCUGAUAUGCGUGUUCUCGAGCUUAUGCACUUUCUCAACACAGCCCCUUAUCAGGCAUUCAGGAGUAUCUGGAUUACUACAGCACUAUGCGACCCGGGGGCAUUUCAUGUGACUCUCGGCAACGCAGCUGAUUUUUUGAAUAAGAUCAAUGGCAAUAAUAGUCCCACCAAAAGUCCAGAGGUUUUAAGUCACUAUGAAAUUUCAGUGAGGCAAUUGAGGCGGCGGCUCAAUAACUUUGCGGAGAGCAUUACUGAAGGAGCCAUUGCAAACAUAUUGGCCCAUGUCUGUCUUACUAUGAGACACUUUGAUUGGGAUAGCUGGAGGGUCCACAUGGAUGGUUUAAGCCUCAUAUCUAAACUACGUGGCGGGUUUUGUAACCUUGGAAACAACAUGCCCCUUCUCAUAUUGCUAUACGAUCUAGCUGGUGCCAUGGUCUUUGAUUCGUCUCCCAGAUUUCCCCUCCCACCAGAUCAUGUUGGUACAUCUAACAAAUCUUUGAGGGGGGUUCCACCCAGGUUACAGGCCUUGCUCGUCCAAUUUACAUCGCCCACGAUUGCUCCAGCGGGUGAGAUAUUAAGAAUGAUCUCCUCAGUUGCCGAUGUGAUAAACACCAAUAGCCACUCCACUUCAUUCUGGAAGAGGGACAUCGAUGCAAUCAAAUUGAUCGGCCCCUGUAUCCACCUUUUGUUAUCCAUGCCGAGGCUCCCCACCAGCUUUGAGACCAUGUAUAACGCUGAAGAUCUUGUCGCGAGAGAGAUGGUACGGCUGGCAUGUCUCAUGCUCAUAUCAAAGUUGAACGAACUCCUUGCGUUCCCGGCAAGCGAGAGAGUCGCACUUCAGGCCAGAACUACUAAAUUUGUAACUCAGAACGUAAAACUGGUUGGGAAAAGAUAUUUUGAACUGAGAGUUUGGGCUCUCGUCACUGUUGCUUUGUUGCAGCACCGUGACGAAAGAAGAGUGUACAUAGAGGAGCUGCAAAGAGAAAUGCACGCAACGAUCGGUACAGCGCCAAACGACUUGGUUGAUAUUGCAAGAGAUACUGUCUGGAUCGACAUUUUAAUGUCGCCGUUUGCAGAUGAGUUAGCGGAAGAUAUGACGCUGCACGUUGACUUUAGCCAAGCCUAUUGA